CUUGUAGUGGCUACCAACACCGACCCACAGUGCCGUCGACGACGCACGCUCACUUUGCCGCACACACAUCUCCGACUUUGCUCGCCGCUCACAUUGUCGAAUCCAUCGCUGGAAGAUGAUGCUGGCCCAGAAGAACGGCGUUGUUUGCAAGCAGCAGGCCCGCCUGCUGUCCACGCCGGCUGUGAGCGCGCGUUCCGCCGCCCGCGCCUUUAAGCCGUGCGACUCUGCCUCCGCGGGCCCCGCUGCGGUCUGCGCUUCCCGCCCUGCCCACAGCGGUCGCCGCGGCCAGUCCAUCCAGACCGAGGCCGUUGCUCGGCCUUCGGUGUACUUCUUCGGCUUUGGCGGUGAUGACGAGGACUAUGAGGAGAACUACACGGUCAUGAAGGUGCAGGUGGGCAUGUUCGGCGACGUGAAGAAGUGGCAGAAGGACCUGGAGCGCCUGUCCGAGCAGUUCGACACGGAGGACGAGGAGGGGCUGCACUACAUCCUGCAGGACACGGUGACCAAGCUGCUCCGCAACAUGGAGUACAUCUCGUACGCGGCCACGGCCGGCAAGGUGUACGACAACCUGGACGAGUGCGAGCAGAAGUUCAACCAGGUGUCCCUGGAGGAGCGCAGCAAGUUCAAAGAGGAGACGUUCUCCAACGUGGACGGCCGCCGCCGCACGCGGGCUCUGGAUGUGUCUAGCAGCCCCGACGUGGGCCUGGACACGUGGCUGUGCUGCACGCUGGUGGUGGCGGUGGAGGGCAAGUUCAAGCUGCCCAAGGUCAACUCCGCCGCCGACCUGAAGAAGGCGCUCACGCUGCUGGGCUCCGCCUCGCCCGACACACUGCUGGCCUUUGAGCUGCUGUGGACGCCGCAGGCCGAGGGUGACAGCUACAGCAAGGACGAGCUGCUGGGCGAUUUCCCCACCCUGGCGCUGCUGUGAUCGUCCUGUGACGAAGCUGGGCUGGGCGUUACAGCUGUACUUGGGCUGGCCCUCUCCUGCUUAAGCCUUUAGGUGUGCGCUGUUGUUUUGGUAGGGCUGAAAGCGGUUGUAGUUGUUGAGCGGGAUGUAGCUGGGGUUGCCAGGUAUCAUUAUGCGGCGAUACGCAGGGCACUGUGGCGAACACUGUUGCUGUGCCAAGGUAGAGCAAAGUCCCUGUGCUGUAGUGUUGGGACACCAGAUUUUGACGGGUUGCUGGAGCCUGAGAGUGAAUUACAAGCUGCAGUUACGGGACAAUUGGUCGUCUCUCAACGAGAUGCCGAUGCCACUUCUAGGAGCUAGGGUAGUCCGGGGCUAGGAAACAUGGACGGCGCCUGAAUGCAUGCGCCGGCAGGUCCAGUAGCAUUGACAGUGGCCGUCAGCCACCAAGUGCGAGUGUUAGACACUUGCACGGAGUCCAAGCACACAAAGCUCAUGUUGCCUCACUACGAGGAACAGGCUCCCCAACCCCCCCCCCCCCACAC